ACCAUAAUGCAUGCAGUACGGUUAAUUUGUACACGAAGAGGCUAGCUACACUGUAUGAAAAAUAAAACACGUAAAUUGGUUGCUGCAACGUUUUUUCGAUGGCGACAGUCGAACCCAAACUCAUCCUUUUAUUUAGCGGGAAACGCAAAUCUGGAAAAGAUUACGUGACGGAUUUGAUUCACCAAAGACUAGGUCCAGAUGUAUGCUGUAUCUUGCGUCUCUCUGGUCCUCUUAAACAGCAAUACGCACAGGACCAUGGAUUGGACUUUGAUGAGCUGUUGGGAGCAGGUGAGUACAAGGAGAAGUACCGUGCUGACAUGAUCCAGUGGGGUGAGAAGCAGAGGGAGAAGGACCAAGGGUUCUUCUGUCGUGUGGCCAUCAAGGAGGCCCAGCAGCCUAUCUGGAUUGUGAGUGACACGCGGCGUCUGUCAGACCUGCAGUGGUUCUGGAGGGAGUAUCCUAGUCAGUCUCGCUGUGUUCGGGUGGAGGCCUCAGAAGAGACACGGAGGGAGAGGGGCUGGGAGUUCACAACAGGAAUAGAUGAUGCAGAGUCUGAAUGUGGGCUCGACCAAGGAGUGGAUUUUGAUUGGAUCAUCAAAAAUGAGGGCGAUGGAUCCCAACUGGAGGAGCAGCUUGCUACUGGGCUGCUCUCAAUAGCCAAAGAAAAGGCGAAAGAAGACUGAAUAAGAGGGGCCAUUACACAGCUGUGGGAACUUGCUGAAGGCUCUUAUUGUUGGAAAGUGUAGUUGGGUAUACAUUACACUAUUUUCUGUGAAAAUCCUUGAACAUCUUUGUCACACUGAGGAGCAGCAGAAAGUGGGAAUAUGUAGUAUUUAUUUCUCUACAGUGUUCUGUACUAUCAACUAAGUAGCAGGGCAAGAAUACUAAAAUCUGAUCAAAAACCCAAACAUGAAUGGUGUGUAUAUUAGCACUGACCGAUAUGAAUUUACAUGGAUCACACACACAACUGCCAAAAUUAAACACUUGAGAAAAUAAAGGAUACAAAGUAUAUUGAAAGCAGGUGCUUCCACACGGGUGUGGUUUGAGUUAAUUAAGCAAUUAAAACAUCCCAUCAUGCUUAGGGUGAUGUAUAAAAAUGCCCAGUAGCCCAUUAUUUUGGCUACCAUGGCUAGAAGAGAUGUGACUGUCACAUUCAUCCAAUAAAGUUCAACACUAAUAGCUGCCAAGGUGCAUUAACUUUUCUGGUGCCCUAUUAAUUGAUGUACGUUGGAGUUUCCUUUAUUUUGGUGUUUACCUGUACUUAGUGAUGUCCUCCAUGCAGGAGGCAAAUGUCAUCAAGACCUAAUGUGCAGAUGACUUAAUCUGUACUUGUAUAAGUGUCAUUGUGCCAUAUAAAUAAAAAAAUUGUAGGCUACUAGAAAAUAAGAGUUUGUUGUAAAUAGCUUGAAGAUUAACUGGAAACCUGGAAAGUGCACAUAUGUUGACCUAUGGUAAAAUUAGCACAAUACUGCAUUCCACACCCAUUCAACAGGAUUAAAUGUACUAGACACAGACAUGAUCAAUGUUCUAAUAGCAGGGUAAGUGUUAGUUCGUAAAACAUUUAAAGUAGACAUGAGGGAAUCAAUGUUCACAUUUUGAAAGAGCAACUCCAUAGCACUCAAUUUCUAAAUUAAGAGUUUAUUGGAGUUGUCAAACUGAAGAAAAUAAAUGGGAAAAAAUAUUUUGGAACGUCAAUACAAAUCGUGGUUCUUUAUUUUAUUUUUUUAAAUGGUGUCCAUUUGUGUGUCAUUAUUACAAUGAAAACAUUACUGGUAACACAAUGUUCACACCCUUGGCGUCGAGUGAAAAUUUCCAGUUAAACUUGAUGCAAUAUUUUACUUUUUAUUUCUUUAAAUUUUAUACGGUUUGCAGUUCACUUCAUUUGCAGAAAAAAAGUUUAGCCUAUACUGAUAAGUUUAGAUAAUACCCUUGUGUCUCUUCUCCCUAUUCAUUGGCCCCUAUGCUUCCAUUUUGGCAGUGGAAUGCGUAGUGAUUAGCUGAUUACUCCCCUCCCCCACAUCUUAUCGGGAAAAAUAAUUAGUUUAGAGGACUACGGCUGCAAUUGGCUAGAAUAUAUGCAUUCAAUUCUGUCUGAAGCUAUACGACAUUUAUAUCCCUUCAAUGACCUACAACUCAUUCACAAUUACAUUUCCUGAUCUUGAAGGGGGCAUUCAGUUUACAGUAACUUGUGACAUUGGCCCUUUUUGGAAAAUGACUCCAGAUAAAAACAAAAAUACAAAUGUCAUGCAACUAAACAAAACACUUCUCCCUUAUAAGAAAUAAACAUGUCACUCCCCAGCCCUUACUUGUAAAUUAACACAAAAUACUUGACAAAAGGUAGCAUAGUUGUGGACCCUCUGGGCAUUGGCACAGUAGAAAAGCAGUGCUUGUGUAAGGAUGUUCCAGCAGAAGGUGAGUGGUUAGAGGGGGACAAGAGUUUGAGGCGAGAUGUUGGUAGGGCAAGUGGUUCAGAUGGGGAUAACAGAGGGAGAGUUAAUGAUCAAAUGGUGGUCCCAUUCCAAAAGGGAGACAUAAUUAGGUAAGAGUUAUUACCCUCGCCACCUUCAUAUGUGUCCCAGUGGACACCAAAUAUCCCCGUAACAAGGGUUAUCAGAAAGAGAGAAAAGCCUCAAUGUAUUUAAAACGCUUACGGCUAAAACAGCUAGCAGCCAAAGAAAGAUCAUAGGAAUGGCCUCAAAACACAAAUCACACACCUAAGCUGGAAUGUGAAUAUUAGAAACCUGUGAGACACUUAAGAUGUGGGUGCUUGAGUAAAUGUUGCCCUUUUAAGACUAAAAGAAAGCUAUGAAGAGGCUAUAAAAGGGGGGGGGUAGGUGCUCAUCCGGAGAGCAUCUGCAGAUACUGGGGUGGAAUGUGGGAGGGGCGGUCAGCCAUUUUAGUCUACUGGGGAGAAACAUUUGGCUAGGUGUGGACUGAAGAAAGUGCUA